GGUGCGGGCGGGGAGUCCGGCUUGGGGCAAGUCAGCGCCGGCCCGGAGGGGGCGCGGGGCGCAGGUGGCUCCGCGCGGCCGGCGGCCUGUAGGGGUGGGCGGGGGCCGCGCGAGGCGCGUAGUGGCGGGGGACCUAGGGCCGGGCCGGCAGCGCCCGGGCCGGGCACACUGCAGGAGUGGGACAGCGGCUGCCAGCCAAGCCCGUCCCGGCAGGCUGCUCCUUCGGCGGGAAGGUCUAUGCCUUGGACGAGACGUGGCACCCAGACCUGGGGGAGCCCUUCGGGGUGAUGCGUUGCGUGCUGUGCGCCUGUGAGACGGUGAGUGGACUCAACGGCGGUGGGGUAGCGCUGGGAUUCUGGGACGUUGGAGUGGACUAGAAGGAGAAAGAAGCGAGCCUGCAGAUAUUCGGGAUGUUUUCCUGGAAGCUCCCCCUUCAAAGUCUCGGGUGUUGACUAUUACUGAUCGUCCACUGUCAGGCUCUUUGACAGCUCCAUUUCAUCCGUCUCUCACUUAACUCCUAGAACAACUUAGUUUAGAUAGAUACUAUUAUUAUCCCCAUUUUUCAGAUAGGGACCCCAGGAUCCAGAGAGUUUAAGUAACUUGUGUAGGUUCCCGCAGCUUGUAAGUACCAGAACGGUCUGCCUCCGUGGGAACACCUUGCCUUGGUGCUGUGACUCCCCCUCUCGUUCUUGGGUCUCACGGAUUGGUGUCUUGCACUCACUUGGUUUUCCCGUUUUCUCCGCGAGCAGCCUCAGUGGGGUCGCCGCGGGAGGGGCCUGGGCAGGGUCAGCUGCAAGAACAUUAAACCCGAGUGCCCAACAUUGUCCUGCGGACAGCCGCGCCAGCUGCCGGGACACUGCUGCCAGACCUGCCCCCAGGAGCGCAGCGGUCCUGAGAGGCAGCCGAUGGGCUUGGCCUUCGAGUAUCCGCGCGACCCAGAGCACCGCAGCUACAGCGACCGCGGGGAGCCGGGCGCUGAAGACAGGUCUCGUGGAGAUGGCCACACGGACUUUGUGGCGCUGCUGACUGGGCCGAGGUCGCAGGCUGUGGCACGAGCCCGAGUGUCGCUGCUGCGCUCUAGCCUGCGUUUCUCCAUCUCCUAUCGGCAGCUGGACCGUCUCACCCGGAUCCGCUUCUCAGACUCCACUGGCAACGUCCUGUUUGAACACCCUGCAGCCCCCACCCAAGAUGGCCUGGUCUGUGGGGUGUGGCGAGCAGUGCCUCGGUUGUCUCUGCGGCUCCUUAGGGCAGAACAGCUGCAUGUGGCACUUGUGACACCCACUCAUCCUUCAGGGGAGGUCUGGGGACCUCUUGUCCGGCACCGGGCCUUGGCUGCAGAGACCUUCAGUGCCAUCCUGACCCUGGAAGGCCCCCCACAGCAGGGUAUAGGGGGUAUCGCCCUACUCACGCUCAGCGACACAGAGGACUCCUUGCAUUUCUUGCUGCUCUUCCGUGGGCUGCUGGAAUCCAGGAGUGGGGGACCAGCCCAGGUCCCUUUGCGGCUCCAGAUUCUACACCAGGGGCAGCUAUUGCGAGAGCUCCAGGCCAAUGCCUCAGCCCAGGAACCAGGCUUCGCUGAGGUGCUGCCCAACCUGACAGCCCAGGAGAUGGACUGGCUGGUGCUGGGGGAGCUGCAGAUAGCCCUGGAGAGGGCAAGUGGGCCAGGGCUGCGUAUCAGUGGACACAUUGCUGCCAGGCAGAGCUGUGAUGUCCUGCAAAGUGUCCUUUGUGGGGCCGAUACCCUGGUCCCAGUUCAGACGGGUGCAGCUGGCUCAGCCAUUCUUACACUGCUAGGAAAUGGCUCCCUGAUCUACCAGGUGCAAGUGGUAGGUACAGGCAGUGAGGUGGUGGCCAUGACGCUGGAGACCAAGCCUCAGAGGAAGGACCAGCGCACUGUCCUGUGCCACAUGGCUGGACUCCAGCCUGGAGGACAGAUGGCCGUGGGUGUUUGCCCUGGGCUGGGAGCCCGUGGGGCUCAUAUGCUGCUGCAGAAUGAACUGUUCCUGAAUGUGGCCACCAAGGACUUCCCAGAUGGAGAGCUGCGGGGGCAUGUGGCUGCCCUGCCCUACAGUGGGCACAGCGCCCGCCAUGAUACACUGCCCGUGCCCCUGGCAGGAGCCCUGGUGUUGCCCCCUGUGCAGAGCCAGGCAGCAGGGCAUGCCUGGCUUUCCCUGGAUACCCACUGUCAUCUGCACUAUGAAGUGCUGCUGGCUGGGCUUGGUGGCUCAGAACAGGGUACCGUCACUGCCCACCUCCUUGGGCCCCCUGGGAUGCCAGGGCCCCGGCGGCUGCUGAAGGGGUUCUAUGGCCCAGAGGCCCAGGGUGUGGUGAAGGACCUGGAGCCUGAACUGCUGCGGCACCUGGCACUGGGCACUACUGCCCUACUGAUCACCACCAAGGGGAGCCCCCAAGGGGAGUUGCGAGGGCAGGUGCACAUCGCCAAUCAAUGCGAGGUGGCAGGCCUGCGCCUGGCGGAGGCAGGGGCCCAGGGUGCGCGGAAGCCUGGUGCUUCCGAUGCAGUGGCAGCUGCACUGCCUGUGUUGCCCACUGUGCUCGGCCCUGAUGCCCCAGUGCCUGCCAAACCCGGCAGCCCCUGGCGAGCCCGAGACCCCAACACCUGCUUCUUCGAGGGGCAGCAGCGCCCCCAUGGGGCUCGCUGGGCACCUAACUACGACCCGCUCUGCUCGCUCUGCACCUGCCAGAGACGCACGGUGAUUUGUGACCCAGUGGUGUGCCCACCGCCCAGCUGCCUGAGUCCAGUGCAGGCGCCGGACCAGUGCUGCCCUGUGUGUCCGGAGAAACAAGAUGUCAGAGACCUGCUGGGACUGCCGAGGAGCAGGGACCCUGGAGAGGGCUGCUAUUUUGAUGGUGACCGGAGUUGGCGGGCAGCGGGUACCCGAUGGCACCCUGUCGUGCCCCCAUUUGGCUUAAUUAAGUGUGCAGUCUGCACCUGCAAGGGGGACACUGGAGAGGUGCACUGUGAGAAGGUGCAGUGUCCCCGGCUGGCCUGUGCCCAGCCUGUCCGCGCCAACCCCACUGACUGCUGCAAACAGUGUCCAGUGGGGUCAGGGGCCCACCCCCAACUGGGGGACCCCAUGCAGGCUGAUGGGCCCAGGGGCUGCCGUUUUGCAGGGCAGUGGUUUCCGGAGAGUCAGAGCUGGCACCCCUCAGUGCCCCCCUUUGGGGAGAUGAGCUGCAUCACCUGCAGAUGUGGGUGCUUCUGGGGACCCUCAGGGUCUGCUCUGUCCUGCACCAGGCAGGGGUGCCCCACUGUGAGCGGGAUGAUUGUUCGCUGCCACUGUCCUGCGGCCCAGGGAAGGAGAGUCGCUGCUGUUCCCACUGCACACCCCGGCGGUCAGACCCUGAGACCAGGACAGUUCCAGAGCUGGAAAAAGAAGCCGCAGGCUCCUAGACAGCAGCCAGAAGGCCGCACGACCAAGAGGACGGGGCCUGGGCUGGGGGAAGGAGGAGUGCCGAGGACCCUGCAGUCUCCUGUGGGGAAUCCAGUGCCUUUGGCUCCUUUUUUCUGCCUCUUCUGCCUCCCCUACUACCUCUGGGAACCACAACUCCACAAGGGCCAGGGGCAACCAGGGCAGACCAAGGCCAUGUCCACUCCAACUCCUGUCCUGUUACCUGCUGGCCUCUGCCUUGGAAGCCCAAGCCCUUUCCUUCUGUAUAUAAUGUCACUGGCUUGUUGGGAUUUUUAAUUUAUCCUCACUCAGCACCAAGGGUCCCCCCACUUCACUCCUGCUGCCCCUGAGCUGAGCAGAGUCAUUAUUGAAGAUUUUUGUAUUUAUUAAAACUUUUUUUUUUUUCAGUCUUUGAGCUAAAGGCUGUUUUUUUUUGUGGCCAGGGGCCUGAGGGGGCCCCAGUGGAGAAGGUCGGAGAGUAAGAGGGGAAAGAGGCGCUCUGGCUCCGGGGGCUUCCCUCGGAGCCUUGGGGAGUAGGGUGCUGCCGCAGUUGGCUGGCACGCCUGGCUGGAGUCUGCAGAGGGGCGUGGGGCUGGCUUUGAGAUGGACUAGAGCCUCCAGAACAAAGGCAACCUGAAGCAGGAUUUAGAUGUAAGCUUAGUUUCCACUGGCCAAAAAAACCCUCGACAGGCCUUUCUGCUGACUCCAUGUUUGAAGUUGCUUCAAAAGGAGAAAAAUGUAACCAGCCUCUACCUUCUUUGACUACAAUGAGAUAAACACUUCCUGUUAUUUUUCCUUCCUGGAAACUGAUUGUGUUCUAGACCAGUUUUGGGCAAGUCUGGAUCAGAGUGGAUUGGAAUCAGCCCUGGUCCAGUUGUUGGCUGAGCUUAUCGUGGGACCAAGUGAUGUACAGAAUAAGAGAAGAUCCCUCACCCCUUUCUCCUCAUUCCUGCCACCAGCAUUCCCACGGACCUCGCCGGCUCAAGGGAAAUAAAAGUAUCAGGAUAGAGAGCUACCAAAUAUAUGUACAUGCAGAUCUAUCUUUUGUAUAAAUAAUAUGGGAUAAAAUGAGUCUGGAGUUUUAUGACCUAGAGUAGAGGAGUAGGGAAGGGAAACCAUAGCCUUCUAUUGGGUUGUCGGAAAAGUCAUGACGCAUUUUUACAACGAAAAACAUAGAAAAAGUACAUCAUGACUUUUCCGACUAUCCAAUAUUUAGGGUUAGGCAUGCUGUGUGUGCUUGAGUAGUUAUUGUCUUAACCUAUUGGAGCAUCAGGUGCCAGCCCUGCUGUUAAUAGCUGAGUUAUUAAACUUCUGCAAGUCCCUGUUUCCUUUCUGUAAAACAUCUCUCUCUCACAGGAUUCGAUCACGCAGCUCAGUGCAUGACACAUAUUUGUGGGAAAGGCAUUCUAGCUGAGGUAGGAUUCCGGGAGCUAGUUUGAAAAGACAGGCCGGGAGAACUCUGGGGAGGACAGCGGCAU